ACGCAUCACGUUGUUUACUGCACAGCGUUCAAAUCAUACCAUACUGUGGCCGAACAGAUGAAAUGUGACUUCUACACCAUAACGCUGUCAAUCAUUACGGGUGUGGUGGCUUCACCAAUUUCCGAUUUAAUUGAACGAACGGUUGUCGAUGAAGACUCUAUACUAUCGAUUCCAUCACCAGCAAGUGCACUUGGGAUGCUGGAUAUAAGCGAGCAGAAAGCGACACCGUCUAGCAGUAUUGGUGACAAAGGUGGGAUUUUUGGGGGACGUGCGAUUCGUGCGAUUCCGGGUGCGCGCGGCAAAUUGCGCGGCGAAAUUCGCGAUGAUUCAAACAACUCUUGCGCCUAUUUUUGGAGCACAAACUUGAAGCAGAGUAGAUCAGUAGGAUCAGCUGACCAUACCCAACUAUUCUAUUUAUUUAUUUAA